AUGGUCCAGCAAGGAACUCGAUCAUCCUCUCUCCAUGACUGCCACCGGCCGGUUCCACCGCCAUUCCUCACGAAGACAUAUCAGCUGGUUGAUGACUCUUCUACUGAUGAAGUCGUCAGUUGGGGCUCUGAGCUGGUCACCUUCGUUGUGUGGAAGCCGAUGGAAUUUGCACGAGACCUGCUUCCUAACUAUUUCAAGCACAAUAACUUCUCAAGCUUCGUUCGCCAGUUAAAUACAUACGGAUUUCGAAAGGUUGCGCCGACGAGAUGGGAGUUUGGAAACGAUUAUUUCAAAAAGGGCGAGUUUCGGCUGCUUUGUGAAAUCCAACGUCGGAAGUCGUUUGUACCAAUCGCCAACAACCAUAUAACGCAGGCUGGUCUAUCAAAAGCACCUGAGCCUAUCAAGGAAGUUUGUGCUGCUGACGAAGUCGAGCGUCUUCAGUCGGAAAACGCUUUUCUCUCGAGCGAACUCAAGCGCAUGCAACGCCUCUAUUAUGAUGCGAUAUCGCUUCUGCAACAGGCAAGCCAACCACUGGCGCAUUCGGGGCACGGUUCAAACAGCCUCUGGUAUCCCCGCCCUCCUGUCCCCGUCUUCAAUGCUCAACCCAAUGCCGCUGGCACCCAUUUCCAGCACCUCAGUUGUUGA